AUGGCGAGCGGGUGGCGAAAAGGCUUAGGGAACGUGAGGUCGUUCAUCGGGAAUUCGAUGGGAGGGCUGAAGGGAACCGCUAAUUUGGCGUCGUGGGCAGUGGCCGGAACCCUAGCUUACUUCCUCUGGGUAAAACCCUCUCAGCAACUCAAGAAAGAGCAACUGGAAAGGGCAGCGAUGGCUGCAGCUGACCCAAAUCGCUACAUUGAGAAACGAAAGCCGAUUCCUGAUCCCCAGGUGACUGGAUUGAUUAGAGGCCAAAAGAAGAAUAGCACUGAUGAAUCUCAAGAGUAG